AUGCUGAAUGCCAAGUUCAACCUCAAAGAUUUGGGCUCUUUACAAUACUUUCUUGGCUUGGAGAUUGCUCGAUCAUCCAGUAGAAUUUUUGUCUGUCAACGGAAAUAUGCAUUAGAAAUUUUGGAAGAUUCCGGUCUGUUGGCUUCCAAACCAGUUCAAUUUCCCAUGAAGCAAAACUUGAAGCUUUCCCGGGAUGAUGAUGCUCUUCUCUCGGAUGCUUCUGAGUACAGGAGAUUGAUUGGUCGUUUAUUGUACUUGACCAUCACUCGUCCUGAUUUAGCCUAUUUAGUCCAAACCCUUAGCCAAUUUAUGGCUCAACCAAGGCAGCCUCACCUUGAUGCUGCUUAUCGCGUGCUCAGAUAUAUUAAAUAUGCUCCAGCUCAAGGUCUUUUCUUCCCUGCCAAUGGUGAUCUUCGUCUCAAGGCCUUUUGCGAUUCAGACUGGGUAGGGUGUGUGGAUAGUAGGCGAUCUAUUACUGGUUAUUGUGUGUUUCUUGGUGGUUCUCUCAUUUCCUGGAAGUCCAAGAAACAACAAACCGUCUCUCAUUCUUCAGCUGAAGCCGAGUAUAGAUCUAUGGCUUCUACUUGUGAAAUAAUGUGGCUGCUUUCCUUACUCAAGGACUUACUUGUUCCUCAUCCACAAGCUGAUUUCCUUUACUGUGACAGCCAAGCAGCCCUCCAUAUAGUUGCUAAUCAUGUGUACCACGAACGAACAAAACACAUUGAACUCGACAGCCACCUGAUUCGAGAGAAAAUUCAGCUUGGUAUUAUCAAGACGUUUCAUGUUUCUUCUCACAAUUAG